CGUCACCUUUCCCCCAAAAAAAAAAAACAUAAUGUGAGAAACUCGAGACACCUUCCUGCGUCUCUCUCUGUCUCUGUCUCUGUCUCUGUGCGGAGUGGGACUGAUGAAUGGAUGAACGAUAGUGCCAUGGCCUCUCUCACUUCCAUCGCUUCUCUGACUCACCUUCCCCCCCUCAGAGUCAAAGCUACAGCGACGCCCUUCCUCUCUUCUCUCCCCAUCAAGGGAGGUAGCAGGAGGAGGAGGAUCGGGAAUGGGACUUGCAGGGCGGAGCUCUCCCCCGAGGCGCCCCUCGCCGCCGCGAUCGGCGCGUGCAUGCUCUCCUCCCUGGUCCUCCCCGCCUCCGCGGGCUCGGGGGGCGGCGACGACGAGGAGGACGACGGCGCGGCCGUGGGCUCCGCGGACGCGAGGUUCGCCGUGAUGGGGAUCGUCAGCUUCAUCCCCUACUUCAAUUGGCUGAGUUGGGUGUUCGCGUGGCUUGAUACUGGGAAACGGCGUUAUGCUGUGUAUGCGCUUGUUUACCUGGCUCCGUACCUGAGGUCAAAUUUAUCUCUGUCGCCUGAAGAGAGUUGGCUGCCAAUUGCUAGUAUACUUUUGUGCAUAGUGCACGUUCAGCUGGAGGCAAGCAUCAGAAAUGGAGACAUUGAGGGUUUUCAAUUGUUUAAUGAGGCUGCAAAGCUUUUCUCCUCGAUGUCCGGAAAGAAAGAUGAUCAUCAGGGAUUCUCUGAGAGCAAAAGAAAGCACAUGAAUUUGCCAUCUUCUGAUACGCAAGCAAGAAAUGAGAUUCGGCAAUGGGAUGUUCCUAGAAGAUCCUUGCAAGAUCAGGACCAUAAGAAUGGAGAUUGGGAUGACGACGAGAGAAAGGAGAAGUAACUUAACGAGGUGCAAAAAUAUAGGUGGACUCGAAUGAGAGAUGCAACUGUUGAUGGAUUUACCGAUCGUUCACAAAUGUACAAGCAUCUUUUCAGCUAGCAACGGUGGCUAGUCUUGCCUCCUACACUAGCUUGUAGCAAUUCUGUUUCAAACAAGUUGGAAUUUCGAUGACUCUGUUGUUUUA